AUGACUCAGCGCGUUCCUGGUAUCAUGACUCUUGAGUCUUCUGACCGCCCCGAGGACGAUGAACCUCACGAUGAAGCACAUGAUCCCGUCAAGAAGAGACAAGCUGCGAGCGAGAAAGACUCUCUCAAGAGACGUCCCCAGGCGCAUGCGAAUGCGGCCAACCCGCCAAUUCGGCGAGUGAGGUUUCGAGAAGACGAAGACUGCGCACGGAGGAAAAUCGAAUACUUGGAAGGGGAAGUCGAAGCUCUCAAAAAGAAGGUGCAGGUUCUUAUGAAAAAGUGGGAUUUCGUGGAACCAUUUUUGGAAGCGCAGUGCAAGGCAGAGGGGGUGUCCACCCCCAAAAGAAUCCCAGUCGUCAAUAGGUAG